AUGUUAGGAAUAGUGAAAGUGUCCUUGCGAUUUCAAUCCACUUUUCAACCGUCCUCAAAAAAUGAUACUUCUAAUGCAUUACCCCCACAUUCGACUCAAACGCCACAAAUAGGGUCAAAUUCUUCGGCAGUUCUCACAACUUCAACACCUGUGUUACUCGAUAAGAACUCGAUAUUUGUAAUUUCGCUUCCGAUAACCACAAAACAAUCAUUUAUUUAUUGCAAUCAUAGACCAGGCAUAUUGUCCAAGACUCAAGCAUCAAAAAUUGAAUUGGUGACCAAAAUUGAGGCUAAGUUGGUUAACCUCGCGACGAAAGGGUGGAAUAAGCUCACUACGUCAAAGCUGAAGAUCAACAUUAAAAUAACGCAUUUUAUCAAACAGCUAUUAGAUACAAUACCGUACAAGGAAUCAUGUCUACGUUCGUUUCCUAAUAAGAAUGCAAUGAUCAGAGAGAUUAACGAGGAAAGUCUACACUUGAUUAAACCAACUAAAAAGAGUGAGAACGAGAACGAGAACGAGAACGAGAAAGAAAACAAGAACAAGAACAAGAACAAGAACAAGAACAAGAAUGAGAUCGAGGAUGGUAACGUUAUUCAGAGCAAGAGCACGGGUGACACUAAAACAGAUAUUGAGACAGCUAGGGCGUCUGAAAUAUCUAGCCAAUCUGCAAAGAAUGAAGGAGUAAAUCCCAGACCCACGGUGAUUGUACAAUCCGAAGUCCAAAAUCUUGAUAUUCCAACUAAUCAAUUAAAACCUAUCCCAUUAUAUCACCCGCAAUUCCAAUCGCCGUCAACUAUUCGUGAGGAACUUCAAGAGUUUAGAGAUCAUGGCCUUGAACACGAAAAGAAAUGGGCCAUAAUAUGUGCUAUUGGUAUACCCAUCACAUUACCAUUUGCAUUAGUCCCCGUUGUGCCCAACGUUCCCGGAUUCUAUGUUGCAUAUAGACUAUACUGUCAUAUCAAAGCAUUAUAUGGCAUCCGCAAUUUGGAUUACUUGUUGGAACACGCAAAUGGACAGGAUUAUAGCGAGAAAAGUGUAGCAACAUUAGACACUGCACAUUUGAAUUUCAAGCCGCUCAAAGUGGUUGACGACAUUUACAAAAAGAAUGCACCCAGUGAAGUGUUGCAGAGGUUGAGUAAAGACUAUGACGGUGACGACGAAGCAAUGGUCAUUACCAAAGAUGUUAUUGAAGAGUUGACAGCAAAGAUGGAUAUGGACAAUUACGUCAAGGACGAAUUGAUGAAAGCGUUGCAUCAAGAGACAAAGAGAUUAGGAAAGCAAUUGAAAAUGGAUGAUCAAGUAGAAUAG